GCGUGGCUGACAGAGAAACCAGUCAUGGGACUGCUGCUGCCGAUUCUUCUUGGCUUUCUUGCCGCUCUGAUUGGAGGGCUGUACCUUCUCGGGGUGUUUCGACAGCGGCGACCAGGAGAACCCCCUUUGGAUAAGGGGCUCAUCCCUUGGCUGGGUCAUGUCUUAGAGUUUCGCAGGAACACAUUUAAGUUCCUAGAGAGGAUGAAGCAAAAACACGGUGAUGUGUUCACAAUACAGCUGGGAGGGUAUUACUUUACAUUCCUUCAGGACCCUCUAUCGUUUGGAUCAUUUGUUAAGGAGAGUCGAGAAAAACUCGACUUCAGGAAGUUUUCUGUGCAGCUGGUGCGUAGAGUGUUUGGUUACACUCCUGUAGAGAACGAACACAGAAUUCUCCAGAUGUACAGCAACAAGCAUCUUCAGGGGGAUGGCCUGGAGGCAAUGACACAAUCCAUGAUGAGUAAUUUGCAGAACCUGAUGUUGCACAACAUUGGCUCACCUGCAGACCAAAGAACCUGGACGGAGGAUGGACUGUUUAUGUACUGCUACAAUAUUGUUUUCAGGGCUGGCUACUUAUCUCUAUAUGGCAAUGAGCCACACAAGUCAGAAGGAAGUGAGGAGAAAGACAGAGCUGAAUCAGAAGCCUUAUUUCAUGAGUUUCGUAAAUAUGACCAACUCUUCCCCAGGUUUGCUUAUGGGGUCCUGCCACCAAGGGAAAGGUUGGAAGCACAGAGGCUCCUGGGACUCUUCUGGAACACUCUGUCAAUUCAGAAGAUGAAGACCAAGGACAACAUUAGUCGCUGGGUGUGGGACAUCCAGCAAGGCAAAGGGGAGAUGGGUAUAAAGGAGUCAAUGAUAGACAGGUACAUGUUUGUGCUUCUUUGGGCCUCUCAGGGCAACACAGGGCCUUCUUCAUUCUGGCUGCUCCUCUUCCUCAUGAAAAACUCAGAAGCCAUGGCAGCAGUAAAGGAAGAGGUAAAUACGGUUUUGAAGGAAUUUGGGCAAGAAGUCCACCGUGGUGGCCCUUUAAUCAACCUGACCCGUGAAAUGCUGAUGAAAACACCAAUCCUGGACAGUGCUGUGGAAGAGACCCUCCGACUCACUGCUGCACCCCUCCUCACCAGAGCAGUAAAUCAGGAUAUGACCUUCAAGAUGGCUGAUGGGCGGGAAUACUUAAUCCGCAAGGGUGACAGAAUGGCAGUCUUUCCUUACAUUGCCAUUCAAGUUGACCCAGAGAUCCACUCUGACCCACAUUCAUUCAAAUAUGACCGCUUUCUCAAUCCAGACAGGAGCAAGAAAACACAUUUUUACAAAGCAGGGAAGAAGGUGAAGUAUUACAACAUGCCCUGGGGGGCUGGGGUCUCCAUGUGCCCUGGGCGUUUCUUUGCCACCAAUGAGCUGAAGCAGUUUGUUUUCCUCAUGUUGGUUUAUUUUGAGUUUGAGCUGAAGAAUCCUGAUGAGAAGAUACCUGAGAUGGACUUCAGUCGAUGGGGCUUUGGAACGAUGCAACCUGACAGCGACAUUCAGUUCCGAUACAGACUCAAAUAUUAAACUAAUCAAUCGUUUUCUGACAAAGUGUUUUCUGGUUUUGAUCAUCUCUGCACAUUUGACAAUUAUGUCGGAAACAUGAGAUUCCACAACGAAGUAUUGUUUUUAUUUCCAUACCAGUGAUGUGAGCAGCACAUUGUGAAUGUGGCUUUAAAACUUGUGUUUUAAUAUUUUUGUUUAUAACUAAAUUGUCAACCAUAUUAUAAAUAAGAACUACAAUCAAUUCCCUCCAGUUGUACUAUGCACAAAUACACUACUAUUUUUUAUAUUUUGAACAGUUUAUUAUGAAUAUAACUCUCUCUCUCUUGUGAAUCACAAAUCAGAGAGCAGUUCAAUCUAGUCAACAAUAAUUAAUUAAUCGUUGUAUAAACAAAUUAUGUUGGUUUAAUAGAAUAUUGUGAAUAUUAUGGCUGCUUCUUUGCACAGCUUUUUUCCAGUAUGAUAUAAUUUCUAGCAGGUGUUGUACUAUAAAGUGUUGUCUAAUAAUUACUUCCAAGACAAAAAAAAUGAGAUGACAGUCAAAGAUGAAGAGCUUCAGAUGCUAAGAUUUUGUGUGUUGGGACUAGUUAACAUUACUUGUUACAUAAUGUAAACGUCUAUAUAUGGGUGAGAAACUAAAAAGAAGUAGAAAAAGCUGAGAUGCCAUUGCUUUGUCAUCAUGAUGUUAGUUAAUAAUUUGUUCAACAAAAAUACUUCUCUGUUUGUGUAACCUUUAGAGGGCCAGCAUUAGGUAUGGGAGGUGUGCGCACCUGUAACCAUACUUAUGGCUUGAUAAUUAACAUGAUUAUGCUAAAAU